AUGUCGUCGCGUUCUCGGCGCGCAUUGGCGCCCGAUUCCGGCGCUUCUUCGUCCCGUUCCGGCUGCUUCCUGCCGUUUAUCUUCUUCCUGGGUGUAUUGAUCACAUGCUUCGGCUUCAUAUUGAACGAAUGGGAGCCCGUGGACCGCAGUAACAUCGGUAGUGUUAAGGCUGAAGACUUCCUCUCCUACGGACCCAUCGACGUCGUGUAUACGUGGGUGAAUGGCACCGAUCCGCGCUGGAAGCAGGAGAAGGAGUUCUGGCACAAACACUGGAUCGCUUCAUUGACCGGCCAGCCGCUGCCUGUGUGGGGCCAGGAGGCGGAAAUUAAAGGCAAAGACGACUCGAACUCGGACAAUCGCUUCCGAGACAACGAAGAGCUCCGCUAUUCUCUCCGUUCAUUGGAGAAAUAUGCACCUUGGGUCCGUCACAUCUACGUGGUUACAGACGGCCAGAUCCCUUCGUGGCUCGACAUUGAGUCCCCCAAGAUCAGCAUCGUCAAACACCGCGACAUCUUCGCCAAUAAGAGCCACUUGCCGGUGUUUUCUUCGCCUGCUAUUGAGUGGAAUCUGGAUAACAUCCCUGGACUCAGUGACAUGUUCCUAUACUUUAACGACGAUGUCUUCUUGGGCUCCCCAGUGCGACCCGAGGACUUUGUGAGUCAAGCUGGAGUCCAGAAGGCCUACUUUGCAUGGGAAAUCCCGCAAUGCUCCAACAGAUGCUGGGAGAGCAGCUUGGCCAAUGGACGAUGCGACAAAGAGUGCAAUGUUACAGCCUGUGACUUUGAUAUGGGAGACUGUGGAUGUGACGUGAACCCUCUGGAUGGAUCGGUAAAUUGUGACGCAGAAAAGGUCGCGAGUAUCUUAGAACAAUCGCCCAAACCACCAAAGAUCGGCAACUACAUAUGUCAAGGACUGUGUCAUUACCAGUGGCUGGGCAAUGGAAUGUGCGAUCGGACGUGUAACGUGAGCUCGUGUGCGUUUGAUGGAGGAGACUGCAGAGUGGUGAAGCCUUAUGACCGAAACCGACCUCAUGUUGAUGAGGAGGAAGCCGAGGGAAUGUCCCCGUUGGUCAAGGACUUGUGGUCCGCUGAUAUCGAGAUGAAUCACACACUCGUGCAGGUGCCAUUGGACGUGAACGCUACGUACUUGAAUUUAACGGAUGCGUUUGGCGUCAAUGGGAGCAUUAUGAGUGCUGCACAUGACAAUGAAGAGCUUGUUCGCUUCGCCUCUGUAUACGAGAAGGAAAUGGUGCUGUUGCUAGUGUUUGGACGGGAUUCGGACGCUCAUGCGAUGACGAGUAGUGUCCAGAUCACAGUGGUUGGCGAGGAUUCGGAGGGUUCUCCUAUUCAAUUGGACUUCUCCAUGGUGCGAGGGAAGAACUCGAUUGAAGAGGUUACGAGUUCUGCUCAAGUGGAAGACGUUGAAGAGAUUUCCAGCGGCGUGUCCACGUUCCAGAACACCAGUAUCCGGCCACAACUCAUCCGCCUGCCGUUUGGGUUCCGACAAGCUACUUUCCGCAAUAUCGCUGUUGUUGCGGACAAGUUGGCUAGCAAAGUGCCGCUUGUUGAAGUGUUCCUGCCGUUUAACGUGACGGGAAAGAAGCUGAAUGACGGCGAUACUCUAAACCUCGGAUGGAACAUGGACUUGCGGCUUCACAACGACGCGAAGGAUAUCGACUGGAGUGACCACGAUGUUUGUCAAUUGAAGGUUCCGAAGAAGAAGCCAAAUACUGCGGUUGCAGCUGAUACCGAAGCGAGUAAGGCCAAGGAGAAUGUUGCAGCUGAAGUUACUGAAUACGAUGGCGGGAUCACGAAAUGCCGGCUUGCGGAAGACAACCGUGGUGUGAUUGUUACCGUGCGAGUUUUGACGAACCACGCCCACGCUGAGUGGAAGACGAGUCCUCAGGUGGCUGACGGCCAAAUCUGCUUUUUUGAUGCGGACCGAGCUGAUCCCUCGCGGUAUCGCUACUGCUUCGCUCUAGCUUUGGGUCACUAUCACUCUGAAGAAGUGGAGUUGAUGCACAAACCAACACUGUGGGCUCAGCUGCAUCCACCCAAGCCUAAGGUGGUCUACACGUCGUACACAGGAGACGACCCGGCGCUACUUGAGCUACUGGACCGUUGUAUUGACACCACCCGACGUCUCAUCGGCAUUCGACCACGAAUCUGCUACCCGCAUGAAGUACCCGUCCCGCGCCCACCCAUCAAGGAUGAAGCCAAGGUGGAUGUGCAGAAGGAGAAGGAAGAAGAAGGCCGUCGACUGGCUUGUGAAGCUCAGACGCGUCGACUGGCACAACGUGACGAGCGCGAGAAGGAAGAGCGUGAAGCUCAGGCCAGUGGACUCGUGGGUGGCUUAAGUCGCUUCUUUGGGAACAUCAAGACGGCAGUCGGGCUUGGACACGUCGUGUCUACUAAUGAAAGCUUGGAUGACGUCGAAUACGCAGACGUAUGUGGUACAGCUGAACCGAAGGAAGAAAAGCCGCAGGUCACACUACGCGACGCACAAGCUCACCUGUCCAAGGACACGUUCGGAGACUCCCUGCGCUUUGUCAACAAGCUGUACAACCGCGCAUUCGGCAAGCCAAAGACAUCAGAUCGACGUCGCGUGCCUUCGCACAUGCCAUUCCUGCUGCAAAAGUCGAUCAUUCGUGAGAUUAAGGACCAUUGGACACAGGAGAUUCAAGACACAAGUGCACACCGCUUCCGUCAUCCUCAAGACAUGCAGUUCAGCUUCUCGUACUUCCAUUAUCUCAUUAAUCGCGUCAAGAUCCACCCUCACACGUUGGAAGAGAUCUGGAGUGAAUACCUGGACGCCAAUCGUAACGGGAUCCUGGACGAGAACGAAGUGCUGACAGCUGCGAGUCUCGCACAUGGUGACGCUCCGCCUGAGGAUUUCGUGAGCGAAGUGCGUGAGUGCGUACAGCCUGAAAAACGCGAGAAGGUUCGUGAGAUUCCGACGGCGGAGGGAACGCUGCGACUUAGCGAGACGUUAACGCCGUACAUCACUCUGGAGAACCUCGAGCGAUGUCCUUCGGUACGUGACGCGCUCGUUAAGAACGUUCGAUACGAGACCAAGGUGGAAUUAAUGUCGGAGACUGAGGUGACGUUCCACAUGCUGAGCGACAAUUACAAGUUUGCGUGGAAGCAAAUGAUGGGCACGCGAGCGAGACGCACCAAGUUUGUGUGCAUCAACGACGACAUGAAGAACCCGUCGACUGCGGUGAGUCAGAUCCUGCACGAACUCUUCCUGUCCAUUUGGCCCAAACGCUCGCAGUUCGAACUGCCGUAUCACCUCAAGAACCGCUACGCACACAUCGACGAGUUCAACGCCGCACAGGAGCGUCGUCAUGUUGCAGCAACCAUUGCAGUCGUCAUCUUGGUGUUGAUCGCUUUCGUCUUCCGUGCUGAGCUGCGUGCAAUGUUUGGCUUCCAAGACAUUGCUCGGGCUCGUGCAGCUUCGGCGUCGCAACUUACUCAAGACUUCCAGCACACUCAGGAAGAUAAAGAAGGCAAGGUAGACGAGUCAGCUUCACCAACGAGUAAGCGGCGUUCAAGGAAGGCGUCGGCCUAG